GUAGCUUCCCUCUGAGGCCAACAGAGGGCAGUGCAGGUUAAGCACCCACUCAACUGAAUCAGCACACUAUGAAAGCUGCGACCACAGAGGAAGUGAAAUCUCACAUCUACAUAUUCAAAGUGACAGGAACAGGCUGGUAAGUUGCAAUUCUCAAACUACAUCUUGAUAAUCACUUAUAAACUUUAUUUAUCCUGCAGUUAUAUAUAUUUCCAGCAAUUUUACUAAACUCUGAUAAGUCUUAGGCAGGUUUUGCCUUAGAUUUUGUAUUUGGGGUGGGGAUUUUUAAGUGAACUUGCUAAAUAUUGACAUGUGAUAUAAUUAUGUCUCAGAAAAGUCUAAGUAAACUAAAUUUAAUGUCACAUCUUUUAUAUCAGCAUGUUGCAACUUAGACAAAAGGGAAUACACAUGAAGUAAGUCCCCAAUGAAGAAUUGCAUCUAUAAAGGUGAGGCUUUAGUCUUAAUAAAUGAACACACCCCCCUACAGAGAAUAUGAAGUGGUUUUCUGAAGGCUAAAAUUAGGUUAGUCAGAAGAAAGUGAACUGUCUGAUGCAAGUGAGGAAAAAUGUGAAGACCACCGCAAAUUGCUUUAAAGUUAGACUUUAAGUAAAAUAAGGUUGAAGUGAACAGAGGUGAGCAUGUUUAGACGCUGCCCACAGUUAUGAAGUGCAGCCGAUCACUGGACUCUGACCUGCUCAGCAGUGGCCUUGUGAAUCUAAUCGUGUUUUUGUAACAGGAGCCAAAGAAGCUCUGUUGCUAAUGUGUAUGUACGAUGACAGGAAAUCCUGCUCGGCGCCUUCAGGAAUUGAAGAAACUUGUAUGACACACAGCAGAGAUUUCACUAUCCUUUCCGGCUGACCUGCUCCGGCUGACCUGCUGCAGUAUGGCUCUGCUCGUGCACGUGCUGGCCUGCGCCUUUGGCCUCGGCUCUUGGGUGGCAGUUAACGGUCUCUGGGUGGAACUUCCACUCAUCGUCAACACCCUCCCCGAAAGCUGGGAGUUGCCUUCCUACCUGACAGUCAUCAUCCAGCUGGCCAACUUGGGACCUCUGAUGGUCACCCUCAUGCACAAACUGUGUCCAGGUCGUCUCAACGAGCGUGUUGUAAUUUACUCCAUCCUCUCCAUCGGCGUCCUGUCCUGCAUCCUCCUCGCCUUCUUCUGGGACAAGACUACCAUUGUGGCCGGGGCGCCCCAUAGUACGGCCUUCUUCAUCAUCACUUUCUUCCUCUCCCUGGUGGACUGCACAUCUUCAGUUACGUUCCUCCCUUUUAUGAUGCAACUUCCAGCAAAAUACAUCACAACCUUUUUCAUUGGAGAGGGGCUCAGUGGUUUCAUCCCCGGUGUAGUUGCUUUGGGACAAGGUGUCGGCAUCGCCAAAUGUGUCAACUCUUCUCAGCCUGCAGGAAACCACACCAGCAUGGACACGUGGUUCUUACAAACGGAGUAUCUUCCUCCAAACUUCUCCACAAAGGUGUUUUUUUUCUUCCUAGCAGCCAUGAUGUGCAUAAGCCUGGCUGCUUUUGUUGCCCUGAACAGACUUCCUCGGACGUUCGAGCUGUCCACAGAAAACCUAAUGACGGAUGCCACAGCAUCAGCCAGCUCUGGGUUAGACAACCCAGGAGUAGAGACUGAUGGAGGAGGUCAGAAAAGCCAGGAGGAAGAGGCAGCUAAGAGCGGCCAUCUGCUGGCUGGCCCAAAGCACUCCAUGUACCAGCUGAUCUUCAUCUACUUUUUGGUGGUGUGGAUUAAUGCUGCAACAAACGGCUUGCUGCCCUCUGUGCAGACAUACUCCUGCAUGCCUUACGGGAACCUUGCCUAUCACCUUUCUGCAACUCUGGCCUCUGUGGCCAACCCAGUGGCCUGCACAAUUGCAAUGUUCUUCCAAAACAGGUCCCUGAUCUUUCUCGGUGUGCUGACUGUAUUGGGGAUGGGCUUUGGCAGCUACAACAUGGCUAUGGCAGCUAUGAGCCCGUGUCCUUUGCUUCAUGGGUCUGCAGCUGGAGAGGCGAUUAUAGUGCUCUCAUGGCUCUUGUUUACUGGAAUGCUGUCAUACGUCAAAGUAAUGGUAGGUGUUAUUCUCAGAGACCGAAGCCACAGCGCUCUGGUCUGGUGUGGAGCCGCCGGGCAGAUGGGCUCACUGGUUGGAUCGCUUACCAUGUUCCCACUGGUUAACAUCUACAAGCUGUUUAAGUCAGGAGACUUCUGCAACACCCAGUGUCCAUCAUGAUAGCCGGUAUGAGAACUGCAUCACUGAAGAGGAGCUGAAGAAACAAGUUUUUACUUUUUGGGUUGUAAGCUUAUUUUAUUUUGUGAAAUUGAUAUCACCAUAAAGUCUGUCUUCAAAAAACUAAUCUGAGGGUAGCAUAAAGAUCAGAUAUAAAAAUAAACAGGCAGUCUGGCUCUGUCCAAAGUACAUUUGUCAAUAACUAACAUCUUUUAUUUAACUUGAGUUUGUGUUCAACUUUAAAAGGCACAGCAAUGUUUCCCCUGCAUUGACUCAGCUGUGGCGAGCAGUUACACCGAUAUUGUUAGCACCCCGCCUUCAAAAUUCUAAGGAUUAAAUAAUUUCACAUGGACAAUGU